ACCAGGUUCUUUGAGUUCAACAGUUUGGGAAAUUCCAGCUUUGUUUGCAGAGAACCCCUGUUCGGGCCGGGCCGGGCACUCUGCAUUGAAGUCUAGACGUUCACGCCCGUAGAGGUCUACGCUCGCCAGAAGUAGCAGGUGGACCUGAGUUCGUGACGUCCGCCGUGCACUACUGGAACGAAUUAAAAAAAAGAAGAAUUUUCUCAACCCAUGAGAUUGUUAUUGAUAGGAAAAGCAAACCAGAUCGGCAUACUAGUGGUGCGUGGGACGUGAUAGAUACAUGAAGGCAAGGUGAAGCUUGUGACCGACUAUAAAAUUAAACCCCGGAGCAUACGAUUAUGGAGCAAAGGAGUCGUGCUGCCAUCAAUCAUUGACAGUCCCGAUUUGGGUUGAGCAUUCCAAAAAAGACUGGUCUGCCAAUGACGACAUAAAGAGCAGCGAAACCGCAUGAUGACGACACAAUGACGUCAUAACGAUGGAGAAUAUCGUGUCGCAGGUGGACGAGGUGGAGGCCCUUCAGGCCAUCCUGUGCGGGGACGGAGAGAUGCGCGUACGCACGCCGCAACGCCUGGCCACGAUGCAGUCCAUUGCAGCGCACGACGGCAGCUCGGAACGCAACACACAUGCUCAGUAUGAUGACGUAUCCGAUGACCCUGAUCCCUUGAUUUUGGAGGUCAAUAUCUGCCUGGAGGACCGUGUAGCUAUGGAGAGAGGUACCGGUACCUGUAGUAGUACAGCGUCCCCUAUACGUGUUCAGCUAGUGGUGACCUUGCCUGCGGGCUACCCGGGGGAAAGUCCCCUGGUCAGCGUGUCAUCGUCGUCGUCGCGACUGAGCCGCGAGUCGUGUGCGCGUCUCAGGUCGACGUGCCGCGCCCUCUGCUCGCAGCUGAUCGGUCAGUGCGUAGUCAUGGAGAUGGUGCAGCACGCACGCGACAGCGCCAGCGACAUCAUCGGCGAGGAGGCCUGCUCUGCACGGUCGUCAGUUUCCGAUAGCUGUCCCGCCGCAAACACGUCCAAUGAGCAGGCACUCUAUCACGGCUUGCUUCACGUUGAUCACAUGCACGCACGCAACAGCUACUGCAAGACGCUUCGCAGCUGGUGUCGAGAGCUCGGUAUCACCGGGUCGGUACUCUUCAUGGGCCGUCUUAUCCUUGUUGUGGUCGAGUCUGAUUCCAUUGAUAGUCUGAACACGUACAUUCGUUGGCAUAGAACUCGUCCGGUGGAUGUGGACACGUCUGGGCGUACGUGCAAGGAGCACUGCUUGAAGAUGUUGCAACCGCCCACCUGUUAUAGCCGGGCUGAUGGUGACGGUGUGCGGCGUAGAUUCGACUCGUUCACCGUUGUGGAAGUUCAGUCCCGAAAGGAGCUAGAGAAGAUCUUCAUUGACAGACAGCUGGAAGAACUUGCAGCUUUGAUCCCGUUUGGGUCAUGAGCCUCCAUUAUCGUGCACAUGUAUGUGAAUGUGUGACAAUGAGUUUUUAUGUUUCGAUUCAGUCAGUUAAUUUUCUUAAAAAGGCGGCGUGGAGACAAGAAAUCUAAUAUCGAUAGAAAUAACGUGAGCGCACUCAUACCACGACACCAAUGGAAUAGUAUUGAAGCAUUUGAACGUCGUUUUCUUGUGAUUAUCAUCGGAUAUCGUCAUCCCCAUGAGAGUUGGACUACAAAGGAAAGAUUUGUAUGGCACCAUGAAGUGAACAUUAUUAUCUAAAACUAAUACAAGAAUGAUGACGAUUUCUGCUGACAAAUCACAUGAAAACGACGUUCGAAUCUUAGAAUAUUGUUCCAUCGGUGUCAUGGCAUGAGUGCGCUCACUUUACUUCGUAGUAUCGAUAUUUUUUCUGGUAAAUAUUUGACCUGUAUAC